AUGUCAAAACGAUGGCGGGGCGAUGAGCCGACGAACCGUCCUCCCAAACGCCAACGGCAACAGACGGAAAAAGAAGACUAUAUAUCAAAUCUAAGCGACGAAAUACUCCUUCAAAUACUAUCGUUUCUGCCUGUUGACACUCUCGUUAUUUGCCAACAACUCUCCAAGCGAUUCCAUGCGCUUGCCGGGGACUCGGAAUUAUGGAAAAGACGAUACUUUGCGCGCUGGGUGCUGCCUCGAGCACGCUCUGUCCCUCACUCGAAGCAUCUCAAAGUAUCAACCGGCACCGUCUAUUCUCCUCGCGUAUCCAAAUGGCUUGGCCACAGCCACCUCGCGGCCGACGACAGUCACAGAUCGAUCCAUUGGAAAACGCAAUACCGACUUCGCCACAACUGGUCUCGGGGAACUUGUCGACUGGACGAGCUGGAAGUAUCGCGGCCGCCACUCUCUGAGAUACUGAUCAAAUUAUACUCGGGUGUUGUUGUCACUGCAGAUAAAGAACAUGGGUUACGGGCUUGGGCUACUAAAAGUCCUAAGAAACAGCUGGCGGUGUUACCGUUUCCGAAAAUAAGUGAUGUGCCGACCGCUCUUUUUGUGAAUAAGGAGGCUGCUGCGGAGUCUAUCGAGGUUACUGUGGGAUUCGACGAUGGGCAUUUCGGUGUGUAUAGUCUGGAUGUGGCGCAUGCGAAAUUCGAGUUGUGCCUCUCACAGAUGGCUGCUACAAACAAUACUGCUGCUAUCACGGCUAUAGCUUCGGCACCUCCGUAUCUGCUCACGAUAUCACAACACAAAAUCUUUAAUCUAUACAAGAUGCCGCCUCAUGCAUCGCAACACGAUGAAGAACCGCCGCGCUUACUCGCUUCGUUGGAAUCCAGCAAUACUUUUGCGCCGAUGUCGCUGUCAUUGAGAUGCUCGGGUUCGGAGGUUAUAGCAUCAAUAGCAUACAGCUUCUUCCAUAUCAGCAAUGGCUGGACCAUCGGGAUACAGGAGCUGCGAUUCAACAAGGACGGGGAACACAUCACAUCUCGUCUUGCUACUACGGUGACUAUGCCAGCCAAGGCCGCCGUUGGUGAGAAUGGCGGUCAUCUUGACCAAUAUCGUUCAAUGGACUUUAGUAAUUAUAACAAUAACAACGCAAAUCCCGUUUCCCAUGAUAACUUCAUCCAGCAUAAAGAGGCUCCGACGUGUCUCUCGUAUUCGCAUCCUUUCCUGCUUACGUCCCACAGCGACAACACGCUGACCAUGUAUCUCGUGUUCUCCUCGUCCGACAAGCUUUUUAUCCGGGAUAGUCGACGUCUCUGGGGCCACACGUCGUCCGUGUCAAGCGUGCAAGUCGGCGACCGCGGCAAAGCGGUAUCCAUCAGCCCGCGAGGGAACGAGAUUCGAAUCUGGGAAUUGGAAAGCGCAGUGUCGUCAUCUCCUCUCAGCUCUCGUAGCAGCAAGGCUCUGAGGGGCGAGUCGAGCGUGCGCAUCAAAAGUGACAGAUCUUUCUCGUCUAUUUCUGCUAGACAGAAAAGUACGACGGUUUCCCUUGAUACGACGUCCGGAGCAAAGGAUUGGAGCCGCCAUGUCUUUCAGAUGGAGUCGGAUGUGUCGUAUAGCCCUGAUGGCUGGGUUGGGUUUGACGACGAGCAGGUGAUUGUUUUACGGGAGCGAGGGCUGCGAGCACAGUUUCUUGAGUGCUAUGAUUUCACGUAG